CUCGUAUGCUACCCUCUCUUGCUUCUCCAACGACCUCUUCUUCAUCAGCCCAAGAGCAUUGCAGUCGAUGAGCAUUGGGGGUGCCAUUGUCGCUUUUCCUACAUACUUGUAAUUCUAAUAAUUCUUGUGCUGGACCACGAAUCUCGCCCACCUUUUGCGCACAUCCUCUGCCGCUUUGGGAGUGAACGUACGGCAUCAGCACGCUUUACGACAAGUCCAUUCACACUGCCCCGCCCGCGAACGAUCUCCCGCCGAUUCAAUGCUGCAAUACGCUGUUCCCAACGCGUCGCAACCAUUCCACAGACCGCCAGCUGUAUUCGCCGAAGCCCCACGUCCACCGAGCGGCAUUGCGCAUCGCGAACAUCACAGCACCGGCGCGAGUAUACCUCGACCGCCUUCAACAGCGUCAACGCACUCGAGCUCGCAUCCACGGCAGGCCUCGUUCAGCGGACGAAUAGGGACGGACAACAUUUCGUUGGCGACAUUGGCAUCGCUCGCAGCCAAUGCGCCUGCUGCGGUAGUGAGCCACAGCGGUGACAGCACUCGAUCGAACACUCCCGUCAGCACCGUGGCCAUGAGCCAGAGCGCCCCCGCGACCGCGGGCUACGGCAACCAAAACGGAUCCGGGCCUCCCAUAUGCGCCAACUGCCAGACCUCGACGACACCGCUGUGGCGGCGCGAUGAAUCCGGCUCCGUGCUGUGCAAUGCCUGUGGACUUUUCCUCAAGCUGCACGGACGCCCUCGGCCUAUCAGCUUGAAGACGGAUGUCAUCAAGAGCAGGAACCGCGUCAAGGCCUCGCAAGCAAAGAAGAGAGACAGCCAUGGCGGAGAAAAUGGCCUGCAACAUAUGUCCAAUGGCUAUCCCGCAGCGCAUCCGGACCUCGCACAUUUGCAGCAUGCCGUACAGACGGGACACCAGCACGGACUGCCCAUGGGCAGUGGCAUAGUGGGACAUGCCCACGACCAGCAGGCUCGGCCAGGCUCGCCCAACUCCAUGGCGCGCAGUCAGACGCCCGGCCUGCACCAGCAACACAGUAACCCCAACAUCGCACCACAGCACAUCUUCGACACAGUGUCCCUGCCCUCCGACACCUUUGCCAGCCCGUCAUUACCACAUCUCGCGCUCCAGCAAAACGGCCAGCAGAACGGCCAGUUGGAGCAGCCUUCGAAUGUGCAAGAUCUGCUCAGUCAGAACGUGACCCUGCGUACGCGGGUGAGCGAGUUGGAAGUCAUCAACGACCUCUUCCGAGGCCGAGUAACAGAACUGGAGCAAAGCGAAAACCAAACGAAAGAACGAGAGCGAGCGCACGAGGAAGAGGCGCAGCGUCUCACUGCAGAGUUGGCCACUGCUCAUGCACGCGCGGCGGAGCUUCAGCGUCAACUGGACGAGCUGCAGCAGACGCAAGCAGAGACGGCAGAUGGCCCUGCGCGGAAGAAAACGAAAAUGGAGAGCGAGAAUGGAGUUGACGAGACUGGCCCUCAGGAGGACAGUGCACAGGCGGGAGGGCAGUAACAGUCAUGCAUUUCUCGUCGUUGAAGGAAACGACCUAAUAAAAGUUGUUCUGUUGUUGUGGCCAUGGCAUCUGACCUGGCUUUUGUUCUGAAAGCUAGUUGUCUUCUGACGAAGGCACGGCCUGCACAAUACCCCGGUGUUGACAUAGCAUGUUAAUGAGAUCGACUGAAAUAUUGUCGACGUGAGAUGAUGACAUGUGUCUUUACACUUGA